AUGGAGAGACAGCACACCUUCCAACGACUGAAGCAGCCAUGCAUCGACGUCCUGCAAGUCACUGCAACCCUCGCCCAAAGGCCAAGCGGGAAGCGUGAUCUGGUCCAGGCACUCGCCAAUCUACUGACGGUUCUCAACACUGCCACGUCGAAACCAGGAGCCCUGGAUGCAAAGCUGGCUGAAUACGCCUUUGUGCCUGUCUCCCAGGUCCUCAGGCUCUCUCGACAAGUCCCCGUGCGCGCUCUCGAGCUUUGCCUCGAAUGCCUCUCGACCCUUCUGCGCGCUGGCUGGGGCGGCGGCCUUGAGCCUGCCCUGUCCGGCCAACUUCUGAUCCUGUUCACAUUCUUGGCAAAACCCUCUUCUGCCGAGAAUGGCAUCGCUGCGACGUCAGAGGAGCUGCAAGCACUGGCAUUCAAAUGCAUCGGUGAACUCCUCGCUGAAGCUUCUCGCUCGCACUCCGGCAGGGAGGCCUUGACUGCCACCAACAAUAUCCCUGCCUUGGGAGAGGCUGUUCUGACCACACUGGACAGUCUCGCUGAGAGCAAGUCCCACGGCGUCAAGCUUGCAGCUGUGAGUGUAAUGAAAAACCUGACCUCUGCGAUCGCCGACGACGAUGCUCUUGCCAGCUUCUUCCCCAAAAUCGUCUCUUCCCUCACCAAGGUUCUGACGCCGGGCAGCGCGAACAAAGCCGGAUUCCGCGUCAUCGAGCAAAGUAUUCAAGUGCUGACUUUGCUCUUCCUGCGUUUGCUGAGCGACCGGAAGACAAAGAAUUUACCUCAAGAGACCUCUGCAAAAGACAGCAGGCAGGUGUUGCGCUCGACAUCAUGGCUGCAGGCCACCGCCUCCCAAAUCAAGAUCGCCUUGGCCAACAUCUACAAGAUGCGCAACCACGACAAGUCCGAGGUUCGACGAGCGCUCCUGAAGCUGUGUCUGUGUGUCAUCCAGGAUUGCCGAACGCCGCUCUCAGACUGCACAAGCAUGAGCAUGGAAACCGUCAUCAGUCUGGCCGGACGAGACGGAGAACACGACACGAUUGAAGAUGAGCUGCGCAUAAUCCUACUCGCGGACCAAAAACUCUCUGACCUCCUCCGCGAAAGCCUCCACGACUGGGUAGUCUCGUUUCCCCGCAUCAUGCAGUCGAAAGAUGACAACAAACGCCGUCUGAUCAUCCACCAAAUCUCUGUAACGCUGCGUCUACUCGGACAGGACCCUGCAAUGAUCGACGACCGACUGGCUGAUGGCCUCCGAGACGGCGUUUCUGCAGUUCUGGCAGAUUCAAAGGGCCUGGAAGAUCUCGGCACCGCGGCCGCAGGCUCGUCAGUCGAGACAGGCCUGGCAUUGAGCACCAAUAAUCACCCGACGUUCCAACCUCUUCAGCUGCGACUCAAGGGUCAACAAGAUCUAAUGGCUGAGUUCAGAAUACUGCUAUUGCAGCUGGCCAAGUCGGACUCCGCACUGAAUGUGGUGCAAGACCUGGUCCGCACCAUCGACACUGGCACGCAGGAGAUGAAGCUGGCCAGCUACUGGGUCUCCGUCAACCUGCUCAGAGACUUGACCACCACCAAUCCAUCGUUUGACGACUUGAUUGACACGGGGUCGUCGAAUCCGCGAGAAGAGCUCCUGGACCACCUUUACGCGCAUUCUGUGACACUACUGACGGAUCGAGACCCCACCGCCGUGUCGUCGUGGCACUUCUACGCGCUGGCCUUGGAGACGGUCGCUCUGCAAGCAGUACGUUACCGCACAGAGUUCCGUGCUGAGUUGGGGGAGGUGCUGUAUCCAAUCCUGCAUCAACUUGGAAGCUCGAAUCCAGCGCUUCGUGAGCACGCUGUCACCUGUCUCAACAUCACAUCAGAGGCAGCCGGUUACUCUGGUGCUCGUGAGCUCGUCGUGGACAACGUUGACUACAUUGUCAAUGCGGUAGGGCUGAAGCUCGCGGUUGGCGAUGUCUCACCUCAAGCACCCCAGGUCUUACUGAUGAUGAUGCGACUGUGCGGUCCGUCUCUGCUUCCGUACCUGGACGACCUUGUCGGAAGCAUCUUCGAGGCGCUGGAGCGGUACCACGGCUACCCAGCGCUGGUCGAGCUCCUCUUCUCUGUGCUCAAGGGCAUGACUGAGGAAGGCGUCAAAGCACCACAGCUCGCCAUAGAAGCGUCCGCCGCACCCCGCCCGACCGCUACCAUGACAGACGUCGUGAGCACGCUCAGCCAGAUGAAAGCAGACAAACUAAAACGCGCGCAAGAAGCCGCAAACGAAGUACCCGAGCCUUUCCCUCAGCGGCCAUGGGCAGAAACCACGCCGGAUGCACCCACCGACGACCAACCUCCGCCCGAAAAGCCGGAGCCUCCACCUCCAGCACCACGAACCUACCAGAUCCUGCUCACCAUCUCAGAGCUGACACAGCACUACCUAACGUCCACCUCGCCCUCCCUCCGAACCUCUCUCCUCUCCCUCCUACAAACCGCCAUCCCCGCACUAGCUAAGCACGAGACUUCGUUCCUUCCACUCAUCAACACGCUCUGGCCUGUGCUGCUCCCGCGGCUGCAAGAUCCAGAAGCGUACAUCACCUCCAAUGCACUCGACGUUGUGGGGUUGAUGUGCGCACACGCGGGGCCAUUCAUGCGGACGCGGAUCGAAGGCGCGUGGGAUGCAAUCCGGAACGUUGGACGGCGGACGCGGGAGCGGAAGCUGCACAGCGGAAGCAAGACAAGUCUCCUCGCCGGGGGCGUGAAAACGCGAGAUGUGGAAUCCGGGUUGUCCCACGUCAGUCUCUCUGCAGACACCACUUCAUCGCAUCCGGCUCUCUACACCAGCACCCCCGCCCGCAUGAUCUGGGACGCGCUGGUGCGCUGUUUGUGCGCCGUGGCUGCGCACGUUCCGUUGAGAGAAGAGCAGUUCGAGCAGCUUCUUGAUAUCUUGGAUCCUGUGCUGGCCACUCCAGACGUGAGAACAGCACUAGAGGCGGCGAAUGCAGAUGCUGUGUGGUUGCGAUUGUACAGGCAGGCGCGUGAAAACAAGGCAGGAAUCGACGUAGCCAGCACACCCGUGGGUCAGAGGUGGACAUUUGUUGGUGUUUAG